AUGAACAAUUCUAAUCAUAACAAAAGCAAUAAUGAAUAUAAACUCGAUCUUUUGUCGAGAAAAUUCGAUGAUGAUUGGACUCAUGCAAUACAUCAAGAACUUAAUAUUAGACGGCGAACAUGCACGACAUUUAUUCCGAAAACUCCAUCAACAAAUAAUCAUACAAGUAGAAGUAAUAUUCAAUGUGGUUGUAAUCGUCUUUAUCGUGAACAUUCAUGGGAUGUUAUGAAUGGAGAUGAACCUGUAUGGAAUCGAAAUAAACAUACAAAAUCAGCAUGUAACAAUGCAUAUGGAUUUAUUCCAAAUUCUCGUACUCAUUAUAUAAGAUGUGAUAUUGAAACUCAACCAAAUAUUCUUGCUAAAUUAAUGUUUGAUGUAUGGAAAGUUAAAUUUCCACGAUUAAUUAUGUGUAUCAUUGGUGGUGCAAAAUAUUUUAAGUUAAAUGAACGACUUGAAAGAGAAUUUAUUAAAGGUAUUAUUCAAGCUGCAUUAAAAGCAGAUGGUUGGAUUGUUACAACAGGUUUUCGAACAGGUGUUGUACAAUUAGUUGGUGAAGCUAUUCAUGAUCAUAAAGUCACUAAUCCAAAAAGUCAUAUUACGGCGAUUGGAUGUUCAAAAUGGGGAGCAACAAGAAAUCGAGAAGCACUAAUUUUAAAAAAACCAUCGAUUAAUUCUAAUAUUGAUGUAUCAAUAAAUACAUCAAAAAAUGAAAAAGGUCAACAAGAUCUUGAACCUAAUCAUACACAUUUUCUUCUACUUGAUGAUGGUACUUAUUAUGGAUAUGAUAUGGGUGAUUAUAGAACAAGAUUUGUUACUGAAGUUUCAAAGUAUAAUGGUGCUAAUGUUCCCAUAGUAACAAUUGUUGUUGAAGGUGGUCCAGAUACAUUAUCAGCAAUUUAUAAUGAUCUUCGUGUUGGUAUACCGAUCGUGUUGGUUGAUGGUAGUGGGCGAAUACCUAAUCUUCUUGCUAAUUUUCUAACUUGUACCGAAACAAUGAUUAAUCGAAAUGAAAAACCAGAUGAAAAUUCUACAAAUUGGAAAGAAGUUAUUGAUAUUGAAGAUACUGAAAGAUUAAGAAAUUUAUUUUCUCGUUAUGAAGAAGAAAUACGUAAUGGUUUAAAAGCUAUAUCAAAAGGAUCAAGAACAUCAGAUAAACAAAUGGAUCAGUUAUUUAAUUAUUUUCUUUAUUGUUUACAACCAGCUGUCCGAAGUAAAAUACAAAUAUAUAGUCUUGAAAGUAAUCAUGAUUUAGAUGAUAUUAUUUUUGAAGCUAUUAUUCGAGCAAAAGAAAAGAAAAGUUCUGAAAUUAAUUCAGAACUUGAUCGUGGACAAUUAUUAGAAUUAGCACUUGCAUGGGAUGCUAUUGAAAUAGCAAAAGAACAUAUUAUCAAAGAUGAUUUAAAUGAUCUUACUUCCGAAACAAAAGAUAAAUUAUUUUUCGAAGCACUUAUUCUCGAUCGUCCACAAUUUGUUAAUACAUUUAUAAAAUUAAAUUUUAAUUUAUCUGAAAUGUUUUAUGAAAAACAAAUAAAUAAACCAUGGAAAUUAAAAUGGAAUCAAUUAGCUAAAUUAUAUAAUGAUAAUGACAAAAAGACAAAAGAACGCCUUUAUUUACUUGAAAAAUGUCAUGGAAAAAAUCAAAUUGAUUCUGAAUAUGAACUUGAUCGAGUAUUACGCAAAUUAAUUGGUGAUUAUAUGAUACCAAUUUAUACACAUUCAGUUGUUGGUUCUCUUAGAUGUUGGAAAUUUUGUUGUGGAUAUCCACAAACAGCUCGUAUUUCAGAUAGUUGUGCUUGUUUACAUAUGAAUAAUGAUGAUAAUGAAUCAGAAAUAUUAAAUCCAGAAGAAGCUCGAAAAGAAGUUCAAGAACUUGUUUAUCGUGAUUUAUUUAUUUGGUCUAUUCUAACAAAUCGUAUUGAAAUGUCAAAAGUUAUAUUAAAUUAUAUGGAAACACGUAUAUGUGCUUUAUUAAUAGCAUCAAAAAUCUUCAAGUCAUAUUUUAAUUUUGCUGUGGAUAAUGAAUCAAAAGAUGUAUUACGUUCUCAAGCUGAUCAAUUUGAAGAAUACGCUAAUGAAUGUUUAAAAUGUUGUUAUAAUUAUGAUGAAGAAAGAGCAUGUGAAAUAGCUAUACGACGUAUUAAUAUAUUUGGUGGACUGUCCUGUCUUCAAGUUGCUGUUGAUGCUGAUGAUAAAAGUUUUGUUGGUCAACCAUGUUGUAAUCAACUUUUGAAUAAUAUAUGGUAUGAUAAAAUGGAACCAUUUCAAUCUGCAAUAUCACAACGGAUUCGAUUAUUAUUAAGUAUUUGUACAUUUGGUUUACUUGCACCUGUUUUAGUUUCAUUUCGAAAAGAACAAUUAGUACAAAAUAUGUUUUUUAAUGAACGCAACAGAAAAAAUGAAUUGAUCAUUAAUGAAAAAGAAGAAGAAAAACAGAAAUUCAAUUUACGAACAUAUAAACGGUUAAAUGAUUAUGGUAUUAAUUAUUCAGAUAUAUAUAUGUGGCGAUCAAAUAAAUGUUCAAAAUCAUAUUUAACAUAUUUUCUUCAUUUAAAACACUUUCAUGAAUCGCCAAUUGUUAAAUAUUUAUUUAAUUCUAUUAGUUUUAUUAUUUUUCUUCUAUUAUUUUCUUAUUAUCUUUUAUUUGAUUUUCAAAUUCCAAAAAAUGAAAGUCCAAGUAUACAUGGGGCAGAAAUAUUUGUUAUUAUUACGAUCACAACAAUGCUUAUUGAAGAAAUUCGACAAUUCUUUUCUCAAGAUCAUCGAUCAAUAAUUGGAAAAUUAACAAAUUAUUUUGUAACAAAUCAAUUUUUUAAUUUAAUUCAUGUUACAUCUUAUCUAUUAUUUUAUAUUGGUCUUAUUCUUCGUUUUACAAAUACAAAUAGUGAAGAGACAUUUUCAGCAGCUAAAAUUGUUCUUGCUUAUGAUCUUGAGAUUUGGUUUAUUCGUUCAUUAGGUUUUCUGGGUAUAGCACAAAAAAUGGGACCAAAACUUGUUAUGAUUCGUAAAAUGACAAUAGAUUUAUUUUUCUUUACAUAUAUUAUUUUAAUUGCAAUUAUUGCUUAUGGUGUUGCUUCACGAACAAUGUAUAAUUAUAAUAAUGAUAUAUUAUCUUUUAAUGGUCGAUCGAUUUUUCGAAAUAUUUUUUAUCCAACAUAUUAUCUUCUAUAUGGAAAUAUCGGUAAUGAAUUAAAUGAACUUGAUGCAAAUCCUGAUAGUAGUACGUCUAUUUCGACUCAUGUCUUACUUGCUUUCCAUAUUUUUACAUUUGAAUCUGUUCAAACUCAUACUGAUCUUGUUUGGCGUUAUGAACGAUAUAUGUUAAUCCGUGCAUAUUUUGAUCGACCACCACUUUUUCCUCCAUUUAUUAUUAUAACACAUAUAAUUGAGCUUAUGAAAUUAAUUUUCAGACAUUUAUCGAAUCAUAGAAACCAAACUGAAACAAAAAUAUUUAAAAUGAUUGGAGCUAAUCGACAAGUUGAUAAAGAUUGGUCAGAAUUUGAAUGUUAUGCUACAAAUCUUUAUGUACGAUCAUUACUUACUAAACAACCAUUAACAGCAUCGAUUCUUGUAUCAUCAAAAAUACGUCAAGAACAAGAAUCACUUUCAAAUAUAACAAGUCAUAAUUCACGAUUUCAAUCGAAUAUAAAUCAUUUAGAUAUGAAAACAAUUAUGGAAGAAUUGUCAUCGUUAAGAAAAGCUGUUCUAGAUCUUCGUACUUAUUCAGAAGAGAUGAAUCGAUAUAUGCAAUGGAUGAUGGAUGCAAUGGAACGUGUUAAAAUGUCUAAAGAACCGAAACCAAGAUUGAAAUCAGCAAUAAUUACAGAUAAUUAG